GCUCUUGCCAUUAGCUAUGUACGUGUGUAUUUCAAAGAAAUACAUCUUAUUUCUCGGUACGGAUGCUUAGAAUCAUAUAAACAUUUAAUUGCAGGGCCUAUAUCUCAACAACUGUAUACGCCAACGGUUAGAUCCUCAUACCUAUUCACACGUAUGAAAUACCACGACAUUCGUUAUCAGACCACAUAAAAUCAAAAUAUAUCUACCUCUAAUACCCCUUUUUUCAUCACGACGCCAAUUGUGUUGGAAUUAUUGCUCUGCGUAUUCCACAGCCGCCCCUAAAUCAUGGAACCCUUAGAUGAUCCCGAAUGGACAUUCGAGUCGUCAUCGAUAGCGAAACACAAUGGAAUCAUCGAAUCACCAAACGACAAAUCCGGCCCUCUUACCUUUGGUCUCGAAAUAGAAUUCCUAUAUCCUACGUUAUUCAGCGGAAUACGAGACCCUUAUCCACACGAUGGACGUACGUUGUGCGUGGUAGUAAGGAGUGACGUCGAGGCCGAAGAGCAACUCCGUUUCUUCCUCGAAGAUGUCUCCGGCAUUCCUUUUUACCUCCGAUACGACGACGAAUACGAUGCUGGUCUCUUGCUCUACAAUCACUGGCGACUUCUUGACGAUGUUUCGGUCAAAUUUUUCAAGCAUGAAAAUAUGCGGGAUACAGACAUGCCGGUGCGGCCUCGAGCGGGUUACGUUUGGGAUGUCUGCCGAGCUCUCCGAAAAACACGCAUCCAUCUCAACGACACAGCAUCAGUGCACGUCCAUAUCGGACGGGGAGAUGAACCGUUCAGCCUCGUUACGAUGAAGAAGACCACUUGCUUGCUUUACCUUAUAGACGAGAUGUUGCUGAAAUUGCAUCACCCUUCGCGCCAAAACAACGAACACUGCCGACCACUCGCCAAGCGCUCAAACCUUGCAGAUCUUAUAGCGCACAACGCGCAUAGAGACUUCAUGGUAUACACCUCGGUCAGACAGCAAGGUAUGGGCGAAUUUAUACCGGUCAACGCCACAUCAGAUCGACUUGUACAAGAGUGUAGGGACAUGGUAGCUAUCGCAAAGCUGAUGUGUGAGGAACCUGAUUACAGUCUCUAUCCUGGCAGAGGAACCGUCGGGUUUACACGCUUCCUACCAGUGAGCGGCGUCGUACAGGGCAAUAUACAGACCUUUGAGUUUCGACAGAUGGGCGCGUCGCUUGAUCCCGACCAUAUCAUCUAUUGGGCAAGAGUUUGUUUGGCGAUAGUCAACUUUGCUAGACUUUCGGAUGGUUUGUACGAGGAGGAAAUAUAUUUUAGAGCUAAAAUAGCAGGGUACUCAAUGGGCGAUGUAGAGUUCUAUGAGGGGGAAAGAGCAGGAAACUUAUUCGUCCCUGAGAUGCCUGAAUGA